AAUCUUGCGAAGCAAAACAUGAAGUAGUUUUACUAAACGUGCAUCUCCUCUGUCUAUUUGCAAGUACCGGUAAGUGAAUUUGAAUUUUCAGGUGCAUAUUUUAUGAUCCUUACAAUCCGGAAUCCUUGGGACGUCCCUACCCCAUUUGAAUUUGACAUUUAAAAUGGGAAGGGGUUAAUUAAGGUUAGGGUUUAGGGAAGGGACGUCCCAAGACCCCGGAUAGCACUGUCCCAUGUUUUAUCUGCAUUGCAAAUAGUUUUGAGUCACUGGUACCAAACGGUGUCUAUUUGCUUAUUUUAAUGAAUCCGAAAUAAAAGUAUACUGUGUUAUUAUAAUUUGACCAGUUUCUUUGUAAAUAGGCUACCAGAGGGGUAUACUAAGAAGCAAGCUAUAUAUCUACUCUACUAACCCUUCCUCAGUUCCAUUAUAUUACACAUAAGUCAUUGGACGAAGCUCAGUGAGACGAAGUCGUCUUCUGUACAGGGGAGUUUUGUUAAGAGCCCAACAGCUUGGUCUAAACAUUAACACGCAUUGCUUGCGAUACGGUGUUGGAAGUAUAAGGACCUUAGCUAUCUUUCAUUUAAUUGAUACACACCUUUAUAGGGUUCCCACACGCAAUAUCUCCACGUUACAGCGCGUGUUUACGGUAAACAGACGGAAGACAGUCAACUACCUAUGCUAACUAUCUAUCUGCAUCUCCUAACACCUGUGUGGAAACGGAAGAUGGACGCCACAAAUGUAUUGUAACUGAAAAAUACUUUGGGGGCUGCAACUGUGUUAAAACCGGUUAAAACAGUAAGUGUAUAUUUUGAGAUUGAAAUUAUUUUUUAAUGUGAUAUGAAAGUAGAGGGCUUUAUGUUUCUAGAACCCUACUACCACAAUUGAGAACAUUAACGUUUAGAUGGAGUAUUUGGCUGUUUUGGCUACCAGAGCCAAUUCGCCUCUAAACAGAACAUGUAAGGUGCACCACGGUUGCCAUGACAUCAAAUAUAUAUAUUUCACUGUGACAUGCUGCUGCUAACUAUCAGGCAGUGAGACAGGCUGUUGCUGAGUGAGCGGUGGGGAGGGCCGGAGGGGUGUGUGUUGAGAGGGCACUGCAGCAUGCAGCUUAGUUCACUAUUGGCUGAGUCACAUGAGUGAGAGAAGACAGAGCAGCACAUGCGCACCUCGUGACGACCUUCUACCAGUUGUAGGUAGGCUAUUUAUGAGCAAGUGGACAUUUUAAAUGGACGUUAUGGAACUCUCUUGCUUGCUUCUGUUAUGGGGAAAAGUCCUCAAUGAAACUGACAUUUAAAUGUGGAGAAUGAUAUAUUUGCAUCUGUUGGCCAUCAAGUAGCCUAUUAAUUUACGCUGAACAAAAAUAUAAAGGCAACAUGUAAAGUGGUGGUCUCAUGUUUCAUGAGCUGAAAUAAAAGAUCCCAGAAAUUUUCCAUAUGCACGAAAAGCUUAUUUCUCUCAAAUUUGAUGCACAAAUUUGUUUACAUCCCUGUUAGUGAGCAUUUCUCCUUUGCCAAGAUAAUCCAUCCACUUGACAGGUGUGGCAUAUCAAGAAGCUGAUUAAACAGGAUUGUCAUUAGACAGGUGCCUCUUGUGCUGGGGACAAUAAAAGGUGACUCUAAAAUCUGCAGUUUUGUCACACAACACAAUGCCACAGAUGUCUCCAAGUUUUGAGGGAGUGCGCAAUUGGCAUGCUGACUGCAGGAAUGACCAUCAGAGCUGUUGCCAGAUAAUUGAAUGUUAAUUUCUCUACCAAAAGCCACCUUCAAUGUCGUUUUAGAGAAUUUGGCAGUACGUCCAACCGGCCUCACAACUGCAGACCACGUGUAUGGCGUUAUGUGGGCGAGCGGUUUGCUGAUGUCAACGUUGUGAACAGAGUGCCCCAUGAAGUCGGUGGGGUUAUGGUAUGGAAAGGCAUAUGCUACGGACAACGAACACAAUUGCAUUUUAUCGAUGGCAAUUUGUAUGCAAUUUGUAUGCCCAUUUUUUAAAGGUAUCUGUGACCAACAGAUGUAUAUCUGAAUUCCCAGUCAUGUGAAAUCCAUAGAUUAGGGCCUAAUGAAUUUAUUUCAAUUGACUGAUUUCCUUAUAAGAACUGUAACUCAGGAAAGUAUUUGAAAUUGUUGCAUGUUGCGUUUAUAUUUUUGCUCAGUCAGUGGCGGUUCUAGACACAUUUUACUAGGGGGGCCAAGGAGGGGCCAGUGUUUAAUCAGGGGGGCACACAUAAAAAAACUGGCAACACAUGAUAUUCAAAGAUUAUAAACUUUAUUUUACUUUAAAAUCAUAUGACAUUUAUUAUAACACGUAUUUUGUACAAGAGUGCAGAUGCAAGAGAGAUAGUGCCAUAAAAAUGAAAAAAUAAAUAAAUAAAAAAAAAUUAAAAAGUACAGGGUACAAAUACAGGGUUCAUAUUCAAUGUGAACAAAACUCCAGGAUACAACAAAGGGUACAACAAUGUGCCAUUUCCUAUUUAUGGAAGCUCCACUACUGUGGACAGUUGAUUCCACAUUUUGUUUUAAGAAAGAAAACUUUCUGAGUGAUUUAUAAACAAAACACACUACCCUGUAUCCAUUUAGGUAAAAUAAACCAAAUCAGAAAAGAAAUUCAAUUCAAAGAGGCUUUACUAGCAUGACCAUAUUGACAUACAGUAUAGCUAAAGCACAUAAACAGGGAAACGUGUUACACAUUAACAUCCAGUAGUCCAAUAGGAUGCAGACAAUAAACAUUAAGUUAACAUUCGUUUAAAAGCAACAAUCAUGUCAACACAAUGUAGCAAUAUGAACAACACUGAUGGAUAUCAGCAACAACAUGAAAACAAGAAUAUUACAGGUGUCUGUGUGUGUGUGUCUGUGUCUUUGUGUACUUCACUGUCAGUUGAUGAGCAGGUGUACAAAAAAAGGCUUUACAACAUAUAUGGGCAAGUCCAUUUAGGACAGCACAUUUCCACCAUAGUUCACAUUAGGAAAAAAUGACAGCAUGAAUGCUCACUAAACAAACAUAUACUACAUAUACCUUUUUAUACAAAAUUUUUUCCAGUAAUUUUUUAAGAGUGAAAGGGAAGUAAGCAAUCGCUCAUCAUAGGAUCAUACAUAUUUCAGUUACAAUAUUAGUUACAAUAUUAGUGUUAGUUAGAUCAUCAUGUCAAAGCUGGACCUGCAAAGUCUGAACGACACAAGUGUGCAAUGAUUGGAGUGAUUUUGUUUCUUUUUUUUCUUGCUUUGCUUGUUUUCAAAAGGAAAAAUCAUAGUUGGUAAAAAAUAAAAUAAACUUUCGUUGAAAGGUAUCACACUGUAUAAUUUACAAAUAUCUAAAGAGGUUUAGUGGAUGCCAUAAAACAUCUGUGGAGCUUGAAGAUUUGUAGUACAUAGAUGUUUGGCAGAGAUAAUUCAAAAGAAUAAAAUCAUAAACUCUAUCUAUCUAUCGAGAGAGAGAGAGAGAGAGAGAGAGAGAGAGAGAGAAGUGUUUCCUUAGAGCAGUACAUGCAGCAAUCACUUAAUGGAGUGAUGCCAUAAUGGGCCACAAAACUUUGGGGAUGUGGAUGGAAAGUUACAGGCAGGAGAGGGGAACCAACAGAAGCAGGUCUUGAGACAUGAGUUUGCCCCUUUUUGAAAACCUCUUGAGAGAGGAUUGGUGGGAUAUAUAUACAUACAUACAAACAUACAUACACUCUAGUAGUGUGUGGAACUACUGGUACUGUGAGGAAAAAAAGAUAGAUGAUGUAAAAUGAAAAAUAAAACAAGCUUCAGCUUCUUAAGACACGGUGGGUUCAUCUAAGUAGACACAUGUAACUUCAUGUGGACACCAGACUGUCUUUGUCUACACAUCUAACUUCAUAUGGACCCCAGACCGUCUCUGUUUACACAUGUAACUUCAUAUGGACACCAGACUCUUUGUCUACACAUGUAACUUCAUAUGGGCACCAGACUGUCUCUGUCUACACAUGUAACUUCAUAUGGACACCAGACUGUCUUUGUUUACACAUUUAACUUCAUAUGGGCACCAGACUGUCUCUGUCUACACAUGUAACUUCAUAUGGACACCAGACUGUCUUUGUUUACACAUUUAACUUCAUAUGGGCACCAGACUGUCUCUGUCUACACAUGUAACUUCAUAUGGACACCAGACUGUCUCUGUCUACACAUGUCUACACACGUAACUUCAUGUGGACACCAGACUAACUCCAUUCAUUUUACCGGUGGUAUUGAGAACAGAUAAACCCACCGUGUCUUAAGAAGCUCAAGCUUGUUGUUUUAUUGUUCAUUAUAUCUCUUUUUCCUCACAGCGGCACUCAUAUGCUACUAGCGUAUAUAUCAUAUAGAUACACUACAGCAACAGGAUACGGCGGUUGUGCUGUCUGGCAAAACGGUCCACAAAUACAUCAAGAUCCAGAGCCUUGGCCCUUCUGGACUCUAUGCUCAGGACACCAAGAUCACUGAGUCUCUCAUCACUAGUGGUGGACCGCAGGAAGGUUUUUAUCAGUUUCAGUGUGGAGAAACUGCGUUCGCAAGAGGCUGAGCUUACAGGAAGGGUUACAGCAAUCUUGCACAGUCUAAAGAGCUCAAAGAAAACUUCCCUGUAUGGCUCAAUAAAACAAACCAGCUCAACUGUACUGCAUGGCUUUUUGACUUCACCACUCUGUAUUUUUCUGUCCAAAACUCUUAAAUUGAUGGAGCUCAUGCCCUAAAUCAUCAAUGUCUGCAUUAUACAAACGGCCAAAUGAAAAAACAUUGCUCUCCUUUAAAAAGGUAUCACUCUGGGGACUGAGAGACUGUAUGCUUCUCAUGAGCUCACAGUUUGUAUUGGAGAAACGUCUGUUCAACUCAUUGAGCAUGCUGUCAAUUACAGGAUAGAAAAAUGAUGUGAGAAACAUAUCUUUGUCACGUUCUACCUCCCUCUGACCAACAGUGCUUAGCGUGCAGUAGCCACUGAGUCUAGAGCUCAGCAUUUUCUGACGUUUCGCCACUGACCUUGUUGCAGAAUCACACUGCUCACAAAUAUUCAAUGCUUCAUCCCACAACUCAUCAAAGAAAGACUCCUGCCUGUGGUCUUUCAAUGUCAGGACUAAAGCAUUUACUAAGUCAACAGCACGUGACAGAUCAACAGUUUGUGACUGUAACAUGUCAGACAAUAGCUUUGUCUCCCCAAACAACUUACGCAGAGUAACAAGAUGCACAACAAAUUCUAGGUCAAUUUGAGCAAGAAGACCUCGGGCCUCAACAGUUCUUUCACCAUGACGUUCUUGAGCAAUCUCUUGCAGUAGUCGUUUAAGGGCAGGUAGAGUGUCCAUGAUAUUACGUAGGGCUAGAAAUCGGCAUGACCAACGUGUGUCGCUUAAACGUUGCAGCUCUCUGGUUCUGCCAUACAUUUCUCUUUGGAGAGACAGCCAUUUUGGGUGCACAUAUGAGGAAGAAGUAAACAUAUAAAGACUCUGUAACAAAGAAAAAAACUCCUCCGUUUCUGGGACACUUUUGACUACAUCAACUAACACUAAAUUCAGACAAUGAGCACUACAAUGGACGUAGAAGGCAAAUUUAGCCUGUUCUUUGAUCCUUGCCUGAACCCCUGAAUGCUUACCGCUCAUAACGGCAGCGCCAUCGUACGCUUGGCCUACGAGGUUAUUUUUGUAGUCCAGGCCAUAACGUUCCAGUAAGUGUACUAUUUUUCCAGUAAGCCCUGCUGCAUCUAACCUCUCUGCAGAUUCAAAAUGGAGAAAACUCUCCUUAAUGGCCCCAUUGUAAUAGUACCUGAGUGUGAAGGACAUCUGUUCUUUUUUUGAAAUAUCCUUUGUUUCAUCUGCCAUGACGCUAAAAACCUCACUUUUCUUCACUUCUUCUAUGAUUUCAGACCGAACCAUUUCUGCCAAACAACCCAAAACCUCAUUCUGGAUGAUCUUGCUUGUGUACUUUGCAUUGUGAUUGGAAGUUAAUCUUCUCUUAACAAGUUGGUCGUGGUUAGCAACUGUGUUAAGAAUUUCCCUAAAGUUUCCUUUGUUAGUGGACCCUUCAGAUUCAUCAUGUCCUCUUUGUGCUAUGUUUUGUGUAGCUGUAAGCAACAGCACUUCCCCAACUGUUUUAAUGUAUGCCUGAUUUUCUUGUACUUGUUUAGUGUGUUCUUUGUCAAGGAGAUCUGUUAGUGUUGCGUCAGUUCUAACAGCUCUUUGAUAAUCCCUCCAUGCGAUCAUUGCACACUUGUGUCGUUCAGACUUUGCAUGUAGUGAAAACCCUGCAUUUCUCAUAGUUGCCUUUUUCCAGUUUGUAAAACCAGGUGUUGAAACAAAAACGGUGUCUGGGGCAUUUGGUGUGCUAAAAUGUCUACAUGCAUAGCAACAUGUAGAGUCCGUCAUUACAGAAUACUCAAGCCAUGGAUGAGUAGUGUACCAGUUUGGUCUGAAGCUUCGUCUUCUGUCCCCCAUCAGUGUGGUUGGGAAUAUCUUCAAGUUCGGCUGUACUGGUACGUCAUACUUAGACUUGCUGAUAUCUGAAGAAGAUGGACAGUAAACAUAGGGCACAACUACAACAUUUAUUUACUGUAUAUCUGCAUGUAUUUCAAAAUGUAGGCAAAGUAUUUACUUAAAAAAAAAAACAGAGCCAUAUUGACACAAAAAAGAAUUAACAGCAGAAAGCAGCAUUUUAAGGACACCCAGCAGGCCUACCAUUACAUUGUAAUUGCAUUGCUUUGCAAAUAGUAAGAACCUUCCUCAUCACAAACCUGAUGGUGCAGUACUUGAUCCACAUGGAUCCACUUGCUGUCCCUCUGGCUGUUCAUCUCUCUGUCCCUGUAUGCUUUCUUCUUCAUGCUUCUCACCCUCUUCUUCAUUCUCCUCGCCCUCUUCUUCAUCCUCCUCACCCUCUUCUUCAUCCUCCUCACCCUCUUCUUCAUCCUCCUCACCCUCUGGAAUUUCCCUCUCUUUGUCAGACCCCUCACUUUCAUCACAUGCUGGCUCUCCCUCUUCCUCAACUUUCUCAAAACCUCGAUUUGUUUCUCUCACUUUUUUGUUUGCUGGGGCAAAAAAUGACUUUAUGUCCCUUCCUCGUUUCAUGAUAACUAUUAGAAGAAGAAAAAACGUAGGGGCAUGCAUUACAUUUUGUUACCUAACCAUCCCUCCCUACUUAACACUGGCAGAUAACCUGUUGAUUACUUUACUAAAAAUGUAUUUGUUAUCGCGAUGCAACAGCCAAGACGGAUGAAGUUACGUGGUUAACAUCACAACAUUGUGUAGACCUAGCAAGGAUAGCCUACUAACAUUUGGAUAUUUGCUUCUGCUUCGAUGAGUUUGCUUAGAUAUGAUUACAUUUCUAAACAAAUCGAGACCAGACAUUUAAAAACUUGAUUUGAUUUAUGUGUGAGGAACAAAAGGAACAUGUAGGCUAUGUGCAAGAACAACAAGUCACUUAUGAUAUUAAAUCGUUUCUUACCUUCGACUCCUGCAAAUCGUAGCUCCUCUCGCAAAUAGUAGUUGCUGAGCUCUCAUUCACCGAAGCAGCACCACACGUGGCAGGCAGGCAGAUGGCAGGAUACAGUUUUUGGGUGCGCCACUCUAAUUUACCCGUGUAGAACGUUGCCGUGUAGAGCGUUGCAUUAGUUCCGCUUUUGGCGCUCGCGUGUAAAAUAGUUAUAAAUUCAUAAUUUUUUAUUUGGUCAGCACGGGGGGGCCACAGGGGUGGCCAGGGACAUUUCCAGGGAGGCACGGGCCUCCCCCGGCCUCCGUGUAAAACCGCCACUGCGCUCAGUAUAUAUGCCAUUGUAGACUACUGUAGGCUACCAUUUGAUACAAUAAAUAUGUUGAAAUGACUAUAUCACUGGAGUCAUUGCAAAUCAAUUUGUGGCACUUGUGUAGCCUACUUGGAGCUGGCAAACGGAUGUAAUAAUUAACUUCAGUGUGUUGUUGUAGGAUUGUGUUAUUAUGCAAUUAUUAAUGGCCAUGUUUAGUUAAUUAAAUUGGAAAUUAUCAAAGCUGUAUCGCAAUUGCCGAGCAGUUGUUAGAUUGACGGUAACAGUCAGAUUAGGUUACAGAUAAAAAAAUAUAUAAAAAAUGAACACUGGCUGUUGUUGACAAGCAUAUUAAGUUCAUAACAUACAGUUGAAGUAGGAAGUUUACAUACACCUUAGCCAAAUACAUUUAAACUCAGUUUUUCACAAUUCGUGACAUUUAAUCCUAGUAAAAGUUUCCUGUCUUAGGUCAGUUAGGAUCACCACUUUAUUUUAAGAAUGUGAAAUGUCAGAAUAAUAGUAGAGAGAAUGAUUUAUUUCAGCUUUUAUUUCUUUCAUUACAUUCCCAGUGGGUCAGAAGUUUACAUACACUCAAACGUUUCGGGUAGCCUUCCACAAGCUUCCCACAAUAAGUUGGGUGAAUUUUGGCCCAUUCCUCCUGACAGAGCUGGUGUAACUGAGUUAGGUUUGUAGGCCUCCUUGAUCGCACACGCCUUUUCAGUUCUGCCCACACAUUUUCUAUAGGAUUGAGGUCAGGGCUUUGUGAUGGCCACUCCAAUACCUUGACUUUGUUGUCCUUAAGCCAUUUUGGCACAACUUUGGAAGUAUGCUUGGGGUCAUUGUCCAUUUGGAAGACCCAUUUGCGACCAAGCUUUAACUUCCUGACUGAUGUCUUGAGAUGUUGCUUCAAUAUAUCCACAUAAUUUUCCUUCCUCAUGAUGCCAUCUAUUUUGUGAAGUGCACCAGUCCCUCCUGCAAAAAAGCACCCCCACAGCAUGAUGCUGCCACCCCUGUGCUUCACGGUUGGGAUGGUGUUCUUCGGCUUGCAAGCACCUCCUUUUUCCUCCAAACAUAACGAUGGUCGUUAUGGCCAAACAGUUCUAUUUUUGUUUCAUCAGACCAGAGGACAUUUCUCCAAAAAGUACGAUCUUUGUCCCCAUGUGCAGUUGCAAACCGUAGUCUGGCUUUUUUAUGGCGAUUUUGGAGCAGUGGCUUCUUCCUUGCUGAGCGGCCUUUCAGGUUAUGUCGAUAUAGGACUCGUUUUACUGUGGAUAUAGAUACUUUGUACCUGUUUCCUCCAGCAUCUUCACAAGGUCCUUUGCUGUUGUUCUGGGAUUGAUUUGCACUUUUCGCACCAAAGUACGUUCAUCUCUAGGAGACAGAACGCGUCUCCUUCCUGAGCGGUAUGACGGCUGCGUGGUCUUGGCUGAUUUCUUUUGAUUUUCCCAUGAUUUCAAGCAAAGAGGCACUGAGUUUGAAGGAAGGCCUUGAAAUACAUCCACAGGUACACCUCCAAUUGACUCAAAUUAUGUCAAUUAGCCUAUCAGAAGCUUCUAAAGCCAUGACAUAUUUUUCUGGAAUUUUCCAAGCUGUUUAAAGGCACAGUUAACUUAGUGUAUGUAAACUUCUGACCCACUAGAAUUGUGAUACAGUGAAUUAUAAGUGAAAUAAUCUGUCUGUAACAAUUAUUGGAAAAAUUACUGUUGUGUCAUGCACAAUGUAGAUGUCCGAAUCGACUUGCCAAAACUAUAGUUUGUUAACAAGAAAUUUGUGGAGUGGUUGAAAAACGGGUUUUAAUGACUCCAACCUAAGUGUAUGUAAACUUCCGACUUCAACUGUAUUAUUAAUAUUUAAUUCAGUGAUUAAAAUUUUUAAAAAAGUCUUUUUUAAUUAAUAUUUUUUUAAAUUCGGAUUUUUCAGGGGGUGCUUCAGCACCCCUACUUCCUGUAGCUAUGCCUACAGCCAGCCCGACUGGUUGUAGCUAUGGUAACAGCCAGCCCGACUGGUUGUAGCUAUGGUAACAGCCAGCCCGACUGGUUGUAGCUACGUGGUUAUUAAUGCUGUGCAAUCAAUCAGUAUUAGUGAUUGUCAUGUGUUGUGGCAGAAAUAUAGCUGUCAUAUAGGAAAAAAAAAAAAGAAUUCUGCUGUACCUUUGGGAUCAUCAGUUUUGUAUUGCAGUGUUGAUCUGUCAAUUGAAAAAUGCUAUUCAUCUGCACUGUUUUGCAGAUAUGAACAUUACACAUCGAACCUUCAGCUCUGCAUGCCGCUUGAUUAACAUCAACUGUAUCAGAAACCUCUCCCACUCACAGGUGAGUGUUAUGAAAUGUUUAUACGUUGUUAUAGCCUAAUAUAAUGUUGAACGUAGAUGUUCUUGCUUAAUGCUGGCAUCUCAAUUUCUUCGUCUCAGCGCGUUAUGGCAUCAUCAAGGCAUACGAACUCCAAAAGGAUUGAGGGACUGGACAAGAAUGUUUGGUAAGUUCGUUGACAGGUUACCACGACCUGUACGUUGGUCCCACUUCCGAAACCAGGGCAGCACCUGGCGGGAAUGAGUCUCAAACUCUGCUAACCACUGCUUUGCGGUGUGCAAGUAAGCCGGUUCAUUGGACGGUGUAUACCAUGUUUAUCCCGUACGUACACACGAAUAAUAAAAACUUGAAAGAAACUUGAAACUCCAAUAAUGUCCCUCUUGGGGGAGAUCGUAACGUGCUUACAAACAUUCCUUCAUUUCAUGAAUGAAAGGCGCAGUAACUAACGGUCUGUGUUGGUGUCAGGGUGGCGUUCACCUCGGUGGCAGCAGACCCCACCAUAGUGAACCUGGGUCAGGGCUACCCCGACAUCCCUCCCCCCGCCUACGUCAAGGAGGGCCUAGCCAACGCUGCUGCAGUGGACAAGCUCAACCAGUACACAAGAGGCUUUGUAAGUCUAAUAACAGAGUAUCUAUCUAUUGAAAUGUAAUAUUGUAGGCCUACAUUAAGUGCACCAACAUAUAGUCAUUGGCAGUGGCGGGCAUAUUGAGUGUUUAAUAAUGUAGCCAGCCAGCCAGCCAGCCUGCAACUGUAUAGAUUCAUGUGUGUGUAAGUUAUUGAUCAUUCUAAGCUAAACUGGUAAUAAUAUAAUAAAAAUAUAUAAUAUGCCAUCUAGCAGACGCUUUUAUGCUCUACCAGCUGAGCUACAGAGGACCACUGGUAAACUGUAGUCAUGUAAUGUAUAACAGGGUCGUGGUCACUUCACAGAACAGUACAGUACACAGCAAGCUCUGUUAAAUAAACAUUGGUAUUAGAUUGCCUCCAUCCGUGUAUAAGAGUACAUGAUCCUGAAUUGCUUCUCUGACACUAGCACUUUGUUUGAUCUCUUACAGGGCCACCCGUCUCUGGUGAAGGCUCUUUCUCAGGUGUAUGGGAAAGUGUAUGGACACCAGAUUGAUCCUUUCAAGGAGAUACUGGUCACAGUAGGGGGCUAUGGAUCCUUAUUCAGUACCAUGCAGGCACUGGUGGAGGUGGGAGAUGAGGUGAGGGGUUAUUCUUUGUUUAAAACCUACUGACUCAUAUUUAGCCUGGUACCAGAACUGUUUGUGUUGUAUUGCCAACUCCUAUGGUCGUAACAAACAGAUUUGGGACCAGGCUAGGACAUGUUACCCUUUUUUGGACCGUUUUAACAUUUUCAUAAUGUUUCAUAAAAGUUACCCUUGUAGUUCCAUUCUCUCUCUCUCUCCUCUCUAGGUUAUAAUUAUCGAACCCUUCUUUGAUUGCUAUGUACCCAUGGUUCGAAUGGCAGGGGCCACACCGGUCUUGAUACCAUUACGACUUGUAAGUCUACCACUAGUCAACAUAUUAUAGACAAGAGGUUUUGAGUCAUUGUUGGAAACAUACAUAUUCCAGAAUGACCGCAGUCUUUGAUUUCUCUCUCUCUUGUCUUCCUCACUGACAUCUCAGAGGUCUAAUAAGACGACCACUAGUAUCUCCAGCGCUGACUGGGUCCUGGAUCCAGAGGAGCUAGCCAGUAAAUUCACCUCGAAGACCAAGGCCAUCAUUAUCAACACUCCCAACAACCCCAUCGGGAAGGUAAGUCCUCUGCGGCAGUGCUCAUGAGGUAGGCCUCGGACAAUUGAGUGAUUACUGUCUAGCCAUUAUGUCAGAUAAUUUUUUUUCCAGUGUGUUCCACUGUCUGAACUAUGCCAUCUUGGCGAGGUCUCCCUUGUGAAAGAGGUCUUCUGGCCUAAACGGUUCACCCUGGUUAAAUAAAGAUAAUUAAAAACAUCAAUACCCUGUCCCUAUCACAGUGCCUUGUGAGCUUCUGUUUCUAAUCAAUUUAUUGUCUCAUAUUCCAGAUAUUCACCAAGGAUGAGCUUCAGACUAUCGCUGACCUCUGCAUCAAACACGACACUCUGUGCAUCAGUGAUGAGGUGUAUGAAUGGCUCAUCUACAAGGGACACCAACACAUCAAAAUAGGUACAGUAUUUACAUUGUUUUGAGGCUGUGAACAUAAUACCUCACAUCAUAUAAGGAAAACAACUGCGGUUUGUGUUAAGUUCAAUGUAGUUUAGUUGAAUAGUUGCUUUUGUCUACCUUGGGUACAGUAUACUCACCCCUCUUCUUCGUUUUGCUAGCUACUCUUCCUGGCAUGUGGGACAGAACGAUCACCAUCAGCAGUGCAGGGAAGACCUUUAGUGUGACAGGCUGGAAGGUAAGGGCUGGGAUUCCUUUUACCACGGGAAACCUCUGUAAUGAUGACUUCUACAGAGUAGUGAUUCCUUUUACCAUGGGAAACCUCUGUAAUGACUUCUAGAGUAGUGAUUCCUUUUACCAUGGGAAACCUCUGUAAUGAUGACUUCUAAAGAGUAGGGAUUCCUUUUACCAUGGGAAACCUCUGUCAUGAUGACUUCUACAGAGUAGUGAUUCCUUUUACCAUGGGAAACCUCUGUAAUGAUGACUUCUAAAGAGUAGGGAUUCCUUUUACCACGGGAAACCUCUGUCAUGAUGACUUCUACAGAGUAGUGAUUCCUUUUACCAUGGGAAACCUCUGUCAUGAUGACUUCUACAGAGUAGUGAUUCCUUUUACCAUGGGAAACCUCUGUCUUGACUUCUAGAGUAGUGAUUCCUUUUACCAUGGGAAACCUCUGUCAUGAUGACUUCUACAGAGUAGGGAUUCCUUUUACCACGGGAAACCUCUGUCAUGAUGACUUCUAGAGUAGUGAUUCCUUUUACCAUGGGAAACCUCUGUCUUGACUUCUAGAGUAGUGAUUCCUUUUACCAUGGGAAACCUCUGUCAUGAUGACUUCUAGAGUAGUGAUUCCUUUUACCAUGGGAAACCUCUGUCUUAACUUCUAGAGAGUAGUGAUUCCUUUUACCAUGGGAAACCUCUGUCUUGACUUCUAGAGUAGUGAUUCCUUUUACCACGGGAAACCUCUGUAAUGAUGACUUCUAGAGUAGUGAUUCCUUUUACCAUGGGAAACCUCUGUAAUGAUGACUUCUAGAGUAGUGAUUCCUUUUACCAUGGGAAACCUCUGUAAUGAUGACUUCUACAGAGUAGUGAUUCCUUUUACCAUGGGAAACCUCUGUCAUGACUUCUACAGAGUAGUGAUUCCUUUUACCAUGGGAAACCUCUGUCAUGAUGACUUCUAGAGUAGUGAUUCCUUUUACCAUGGGAAACCUCUGUCAUGAUGACUUCUAGAGUAGUGAUUCCUUUUACCAUGGGAAACCUCUGUCAUGAUGACUUCUAGAGUAGGGAUUCCUUUUACCAUGGGAAACCUCUGUCUUGACUUCUAGAGUAGUGAUUCCUUUUACCAUGGGAAACCUCUGUAAUGACUUCUACAGAGUAGGGAUUCCUUUUACCAUGGGAAACCUCUGUCAUGAUGACUUCUACAGAGUAGUGAUUCCUUUUACCAUGGGAAACCUCUGUCAUGAUGACUUCUAGAGUAGUGAUUCCUUUUACCAUGGGAAACCUCUGUAAUGAUGACUUCUAGAGUAGUGAUUCCUUUUACCAUGGGAAACCUCUGUAAUGAUGACUUCUAGAGUAGUGAUUCCUUUUACCACGGGAAACCUCUGUAAUGAUGACUUCUAGAGUAGUGAUUCCUUUUACCAUGGGAAACCUCUGUAAUGAUGACUUCUAGAGUAGUGAUUCCUUUUACCACGGGAAACCUCUGUAAUGAUGACUUCUAGAGUAGGGAUUCCUUUUACCAUGGGAAACCUCUGUAAUGACUUCUACAGAGUAGGGAUUCCUUUUACCAUGGGAAACCUCUGUAAUGACUUCUACAGAGUAGGGAUUCCUUUUACCAUGGGAAACCUCUGUCAUGAUGACUUCUACAGAGUAGUGAUUCCUUUUACCAUGGGAAACCUCUUUCAUGAUGACUUCUAGAGUAGUGAUUCCUUUUACCAUGGGAAACCUCUGUAAUGAUGACUUCUAGAGUAGUGAUUCCUUUUACCAUGGGAAACCUCUGUAAUGAUGACUUCUAGAGUAGUGAUUCCUUUUACCACGGGAAACCUCUGUAAUGAUGACUUCUAGAGUAGUGAUUCCUUUUACCAUGGGAAACCUCUGUAAUGAUGACUUCUAGAGUAGUGAUUCCUUUUACCACGGGAAACCUCUGUAAUGAUGACUUCUAGAGUAGGGAUUCCUUUUACCACGGGAAACCUCUGUAAUGAUGACUUCUAGAGUAGGGAUUCCUUUUACCAUGGGAAACCUCUGUCAUGAUGACUUCUAGAGUAGUGAUUCCUUUUACCAUGGGAAACCUCUGUCAUGAUGACUUCUAGAGUAGUGAUUCCUUUUACCAUGGGAAACCUCUGUCUUGACUUCUAGAGUAGUGAUUCCUUUUACCAUGGGAAACCUCUGUCUUGACUUCUAGAGUAGUGAUUCCUUUUACCAUGGGAAACCUCUGUCAUGAUGACUUCUAGAGUAGUGAUUCCUUUUACCACGGGAAACCUCUGUCAUGAUGACUUCUAGAGUAGUGAUUCCUUUUACCAUGGGAAACCUCUGUAAUGACUUCUAGAGUAGGGAUUCCUUUUACCAUGGGAAACCUCUGUCAUGAUGACUUCUAGAGUAGUGAUUCCUUUUACCAUGGGAAACCUCUGUCUUGACUUCUAGAGUAGUGAUUCCUUUUACCAUGGGAAACCUCUGUCAUGAUGACUUCUAGAGUAGUGAUUCCUUUUACCAUGGGAAACCUCUGUCUUGACUUCUAGAGUAGUGAUUCCUUUUACCAUGGGAAACCUCUGUAAUGACUUCUAGAGUAGUGAUUCCUUUUACCAUGGGAAACCUCUGUCAUGAUGACUUCUAGAGUAGUGAUUCCUUUUACCAUGGGAAAUCUCUGUCUUAACUUCUAGAGAGUAGUGAUUCCUUUUACCAUGGGAAACCUCUGUAAUGACUUCUAGAGUAGUGAUUCCUUUUACCAUGGGAAACCUCUGUAAUGAUGACUUCUAGAGAGUAGUGAUUCCUUUUACCAUGGGAAACCUCUGUAAUGAUGACUUCUAGAGUAGUGAUUCCUUUUACCAUGGGAAACCUCUGUAAUGACUUCUAGAGUAGUGAUUCCUUUUACCAUGGGAAACCUCUGUAAUGAUGACUUCUAGAGUAGUGAUUCCUUUUACCAUGGGAAACCUCUGUAAUGACUUCUAGAGUAGUGAUUCCUUUUACCAUGGGAAACCUCUGUAAUGACUUCUAGAGUAGUGAUUCCUUUUACCAUGGGAAACCUCUGUAAUGAUGACUUCUAGAGUAGUGAUUCCUUUUACCAUGGGAAACCUCUGUCAUGAUGACUUCUACAGAGUAGGGAUUCCUUUUACCACGGGAAACCUCUGUCAUGAUGACUUCUACAGAGUAGGGAUUCCUUUUACCAUGGGAAACCUCUGUCAUGAUGACUUCUACAGAGUAGGGAUUCCUUUUACCAUGGGAAACCUCUGUCAUGACUUCUACAGAGUAGGGAUUCCUUUUACCAUGGGAAACCUCUGUAAUGAUGACUUCUAGAGUAGUGAUUCCUUUUACCAUGGGAAACCUCUGUAAUGAUGACUUCUAGAGAGUAGUGAUUCCUUUUACCAUGGGAAACCUCUGUAAUGAUGACUUCUAGAGUAGUGAUUCCUUUUACCAUGGGAAACCUCUGUCAUGACUUCUACAGAGUAGUGAUUCCUUUUACCACGGGAAACCUCUGUCAUGAUGACUUCUAGAGAGUAGGGAUUCCUUUUACCAUGGGAAACCUCUGUCAUGAUGACUUCUAGAGUAGUGAUUCCUUUUACCAUGGGAAACCUCUGUAAUGACUUCUAAAGAGUAGUGAUUCCUUUUACCAUGGGAAACCUCUGUAAUGAUGACUUCUACAGAGUAGUGAUUCCUUUUACCACGGGAAACCUCUGUCAUGAUGACUUCUAGAGAGUAGGGAUUCCUUUUACCAUGGGAAACCUCUGUAAUGAUGACUUCUAGAGUAGUGAUUCCUUUUACCAUGGGAAACCUCUGUAAUGACUUCUAAAGAGUAGGGAUUCCUUUUACCACGGGAAACCUCUGUAAUGACUUCUAGAGUAGUAGACGACAACGUAGACUUACCCCAUGCUUAUUAAGUGUGUGUCCGAUCGUGUGUGUGUGUGUCAGAUCGUGUGUCUUUGUGUUUGAUCAGGUGAAGUUGAGUUUAUUGAAAUGGUUGUGUAUAUUCUGACCAGUAGUCUUUGUUGUGCAGCUUGGCUGGUCUAUAGGACCAGAACACCUGAUAAGGCACCUUCAGACUGUUAUGCAGAACACCUUGUACACCUGUCCAACACCGCUGCAGGUAAGGCCUGCUCAUCAAUGAAGCAACAUUUUAUUUACAUUGAAGUGUUAAGAAAUCAAAUCAGUGGGAAAUCAAUUACGGUUGUCAAAAACCAAAGCCUCAUCAAAACAGAACGCAUUUUGCCUUGUUGUGAGAGAAUGGAAAUCUAUGUCUGCAUCCAAAAUGGUACCCUAUUCCCUAUAUAGUGCACUACUUUUGACCAGGGCCCAUAGGGCUUUGAAUAAUGUAUGUACACUACUGGUCAAAAGUUUUAGAACACCUAUUCAUUCCAGGGUUUUUCUUUAUUUGUACUAUUUUCUACAUUGUAGAAUAAUAGUGAAGACAUCAAAACUAUGAAAUAACACAUAUGGAAUCAUGUAGUAACCAAAAAAGUGUUAAACAAAUCAAAAUAUAUUUUAUAUUUGAGAUUCUUCAAAUAGCCACCCUUUGCCUUGAUGAUAGUUUUGUGCACACUCUUGGCAUUCUCUCAACCAGCUUCAUGAGGUUGUCACCUGGAAUGCAUUUGAAUUAACCGGUGUGCCUUCUUAAACCUUUGAGCCAAUCAGUUGUGUUAUGACAAGGUAGGGGGGUAUACAGAAGAUAGCCCUAUUUGGUAAAAGACCAAGUCCAUAUUAUGGAAAAAAAACUGCUCAAAUGAGCAAAGAGUAACGACAGUCCAUCAUUACUUUAAGACAUUAAGGUCAGUCAAUCCGGAAAAUGUCAAGAACUUUGAAAGUUUCUUCAAGUGCAGUUGCAAAAACCAUCAAGCGCCAUGAUGAAACUGGCUCUCAUGAGGACCGCCACAGGAACGGAAGACCCAGAGUUACCUCUGCUGGAGAGGAUAAGUUCAUUAGAGUUACCAGCCUCAGAAAUUGCAGUCCAAAUAAAAGCUUCACAGAGUUCAAGUAACAGACACAUCUCAACAUCAACUGUUCAGAGGAGACUGUGUGAAUCAGGCCUUCAUGGUCGAAUUGCUGCAAAGAAACCACUACUAAAGGACACCAAUAAGAAGAUGAGACUUGCUUGGGCCAAGAAACACGAGCAAUGGACAUUAGACCGGUGGAAAUCUGUCCUUUGGUCUGGAGUCCUAAUUUGAGAUCGAUGGUUCCAACCGCCGUGUCUUUGUGAGACGCGGUGUGGUUGAACGGAUGAUCUCUGCAUGUGUAUUUCCCACCGUAAAACAUGGAGGAGGAGGUGUUAUGGUGUGGGGGUGCUUUACUGGUGACUGUCUGUGAUUUAUUUAGAAUUCAAGACACACUUAACCAGCGUGGCUCCCACAGCAUUCUGCAGCGAUACGCCAUCCCAUCUGGUUUGGGCUUAGUGGGACUAUCAUUUUGUUUUUCAACAGGACAAUGACCCAACACACCUCCAGUCUGUGUAAGGGUAUUUUACCAAGAAGGAGAGUGAUGGAGUGCUGCAUCAGAUGACCUGGCCUCCACAAUCCCCCGACCUCAACCAAAUUGAGAUGGUUUGGGAUGAGUCGGACCGCAGAGUGAAGGAAAAGCAGCCAACAAGUGCUCAGCAUAUGUGGGAACUCCUUCAAGACUGUUGGAAAAACAUUCCAGGUGAAGCUGGUUGAGAGAAUGCCAAGAGUGUGCAAAACUGUCAUCAAGGCAAAGCGUGGCUACUUUGAAGAAUCUCAAAUAUAAAAUAUAUUUUGAUUUGUUUAACACUUUUUUUGGUUACUACAUGAUUCCAUAUGUGUUAUUUCAUAGUUUUGAUGUCUUCACUAUUAUUCUACAACAUAGAAAAUAGUAAAAAUAAAGUGUUCUAAAACUUUAGACCGGUAGUGUAUAUUAAGAGAUUAUUUUCGAGCUAUGAUCUGUUUCUGCAGGAGGCUGUGGCCCAGGGCCUGCUGAGGGACUAUGAGCUGAUGGGUCGGCCUGAGUGUUACUUCACCUCUCUGGCUGUGGAGCUGGAGGGGAAGAGGGACCGUAUGGCUGCUUUCCUACAGGACGUUGGCAUGUCUCCUAUAAUACCCGAGGGAGGGUACUUCAUGUGCGUGGACGUCACACCCCUUAGUAAGAUACACUUUUUAUGAAAAUAGAAAAGGUUUACUUGGUUGUGUAGAUGUGAUAACAGUGUGGUAAAGAUGACAUAAGAUCUUCCCAUUUGCUGUAAUGUCCAAGGAAAUUAGAAAAUAAAGCUAAGCUGGGCCAGGCUACCAAGCAGACUUGGGAUGAUCAGAAGUAGAGAGGUCCUUUCUCUGCCUUAUGUAACAGUAGGUACGAAGAGGAUGGACCAAAACAGAACCAGUUCCUACCUGCAGACUGUUUGGCGUAACAACAACAACAACAACAAGGACCCUUCAUUAUGAACUGGCUGUAGUAUUUGACAAUACUGUAUUUUUCAUGGUUGUAGAUCAGGACUUGUCUCAUAUGGGAGACGAUGAGCCGUACGACUACAAGUUUGUCAAGUGGAUGAUUAAGGAGAAGGUAAGAAAAACCAACACCAUGAUGCCUCAUCUCGGCUGCGUUCCAAAUGGAACCCUAUUCCCUUUAUAGUGCACUAUAUUUGGCCAGUCGAAUGUAGUGCACUAGGUAGGGAAUAGGGUGCCGUUUGGAACGCACACCUGGUAACAGCAGUUUUAGGGAACAUUUUAACAUGAAAUAUCACUUAUCACACGGUGAAUUGCAGAGUAAUUGCUGUACGUUAACGUCGUAGGAGUUUAAAAAAAAAGGCAUGUUGAAUGUAGAACUAGUUCACAUAAGGAGAAUUACUAAUCAACAAGUUGAACUCUCCAGAGUGUGUUGACGUGUUUUGGUUAUUGUCGUGUUUGUUGUAGAAACUGGCAGCCAUUCCGGUCACAGCGUUCUGUGGUGAUGCUUCCAAGAAGCAGUUUGAGAAAUACAUCCGCCUAUGCUUCAUCAAGGUAAACAUGGGUUCUCUCAUUCAGAAAAACGGUAUGAUAUAAUGACGUGAAUAUUGGGGAACGCAUCUCAUUACCUGUCUGUGUGUUUCUGUAGCAAGACAGCACUCUGGAUGCAGCGGAGGCUAUCCUCAAGAACUGGAACAAGUAAAAGACAGUCCUGUUGGAUGUAAGGGUUUGUCUCAAGACCCUCUCUUUUUUUACUGUGACACGCCUAUAAAACUGGGUACGUUACUUUGUAGGACUGCUAUGGGACAGU